UUGCUUGGAUUGUUUGACAUGACAGUUCCGGACAGGACUGUGAGUUCUGGUCUGUACCAGAGGGUGUGUUUGUCUGAGACCCAGCUAGAGUUCCCAGGUCUCCCAUACUCCGUGUCGGUCUUGAAACCGGGUUUCUGUUUACCUCAGAGCGAUGGGACGUUCAGGGCAGACGGAACCAUCACCCUCCUAACGGGACCCAGGACAGUUCUGGUGGACACCGGGGGCCCGUGGGACCGGGACUUCCUCCUCCAGUCAUUAGGAGACAGGGGUAUGGGACCCGGGGACAUAAACGUGGUGGUGGGGACUCACGGACAUUCGGACCACGUUGGAAACCUGAACCUGUUUCCUUCUGCGUUAAUGAUCGUGGGCCAUGACGUCAGUGAAGGGGACCGGUACCGCCCGAACCGGCUAGCAGAGGGACAUGCCUUCAUUAUUGAUGAGCACGUAUCUGUCCAUCCCAGCCCAGGUCACACAGGACAAGAUGUCAGCGUCCAGGUCAGAGGGACGUCAGCAGGCACUGUGCUCAUUGCAGGAGAUUUAUUUGAGAGCUCAUCUGAUGAUAACACUUGGAGGAAUCUGAGUUUGAACCCUGCAGUACAAGAAGUCAGCCGCCAGAAUGCGCUCCAGGCUGCUAAUAUCAUCAUACCAGGUCAUGGACUUCCUUUCAGAGUUGUGAGGAACUGAUAACAUGACAAUGUAAAGAUUCUGAGGAUGACAAUUUAAUUAUGCUGCCCAGAUAACAUUAUGUGGACUGUUGUUCCACCAAAAGAUAACAAGCCACAGGAGUGCACCCCCCCCCCCCCCCCCCCCC